AGCACUCUUCCGUUUCCUGUGACGCGCAAGUCGAUUCACACACGUGAAGGUCAGGAACUGCAGUCAAUCGUUUACAAUUACCACAUAAUUGUACAUUUCUGUCUAAUUUACAAGCGAUUUGUGCAUGAACAUGGAAAACCAAGGAGCCACAGCAGACCCUCAGCUUCAGCAAUUCAUCGAAAUCGAGUCCCAAAAACAAAGGUUUCAGCAGUUGGUCCAUCAGAUGACUGAAGUGUGUUGGGAGAAAUGCAUGGACAAACCCGGGCCCAAGCUGGACUCCCGGACAGAGAUCUGCUUUGUGAACUGUGUAGAGCGCUUCAUUGACACAAGCCAAUUCAUCCUGAACAGACUCGAACAAACACAGAGGAGUAAGGGCUCCUUCUCAGAAUCCAUGUCAGAAUAGUCUAGCAACAACCUCCACUGGAUAGAUUGACAAGACGCUGAACAGCCAAUCAAGUUGUUUUACAGCAAUGCCAGCUUUCUAUAUGGUGCAAUGAGAACACUGUCCAAUAACCAGGUGGGGAAGAAACAAGUCGUUUUGAUAAGUGCCUCGGUUUUGCACCUUGUAUCAUGUCACCUAGCCAAGUCCUCUCUCACCUAGUGGGACAUGAGAUUAAGUGCAGUAAUAACAAUUCUGGUUGGUAGCUAGCUAAUAUCUUCAUAUUGUUGGUGUUUCUGAAACUGUGUAGUAAAUUGAAUGAGCCUGUUGCAUGUCAAUCAUAUCAUGAAAACUGAGAUGGGAGAACUUCAUUAGUAUGCUUUUAUAACAAGCUUACCCAGCUGUUGAGGUUGUCCUGGGGCAGAAAUAAAGAGCCAAAAAUCUGGGACAUUCAAUUUGACACCGCGUCAGAAAGCCACAAAAACUCACUGCAUUCAGUACCAAGUCAGAGUACGAACAAUGUCUUGUUGGGAAAAGGGCACGAUCUAUGGCUGAAACAAGUGUUCCAUUGUAUAUAUGCAAUAAACUAAAAUCUUAUUG